CGCCAGGCGACCAUGACCGUGAUGACCCGAGGGCCAGAGGUCAUCACAAGUUUGCUCAAAGACGUCAAGCACAAAAUGGAGAACAUGCUGAGUAAGAAGGAAAAGGCUGUUUUGGCGCUAAAGAAAGUGGCCGAGGAAUCCCUCCGACAGUACGGUCCAUACAGCGAGUCUAUCACCUUCAAAGAUGUGAGCUACUACAACGCCAAGAAGAUUGUCAUCGACACGGACCUAAAGAACAUGGAGAACGCCUCCAUCAGUGCCAUCAAGGAGACGAUCCACUACCUGCCCACAGACUCCAGCAACCCGUGGCCAUUUCAGACACAGAAAGGCCGGCAACUCUUCAACACCAACUUUAGCUCCAUUCACGUGCCGACAAACAUCUACGACAAAUCCCCCCAGAUCCUGAAUGGUGUCAAGUGGAGCGCGAACAUGACUCAGCAGUUUAUCACCAACAGUCGCGCUGACCCCAGCCUGGCCUGGCAGUAUUUUUGUAGCUCGGACGGUUUUUUCCGGAUCUACCCAGCCAUGAAGUGGCCCAGUAACGUCAACGUUAUAGACACCUACGACUGCAGAAUGCGGAAAUGGUACAUCCAGGCGUCCUCCUCCCCCAAGAACGUCCUGAUUCUGCUAGACGCCAGCGGCUCCAUGAAGGGCCUGAGGUUUGUCAUCGCUACAAGUACUGUCAGCAAAAUACUCGAGACGCUUAGUGAUGAGGACUACUUCAACAUUAUAACGUUCUCUGACGAAGCCCGCUAUGUUGACGAGUGUUUCAACGACACCCUCAUCUCUGCCAACGCCGACAACAUCAAACUGCUGGAGGAGAAGAUCGACAACAUCAUGCCCCGCGCCAACGCCAACUUCGAGAAAGCUUUAACCAAAGCCUUCCAGCUGUUCUUAAAGGAGGAGGCAGAGUUCGGAGGUCAGACGCUGUGUAACAGAGCAAUUAUCAUCGUCACUGACGGAGCGCCGGAAAAUUUUGAACAAGUUUUUUAUAGAUUCAACUGGCCUCACAAACUGACUCGUGUUUUCACAUUUCUCAUCGGCAAGGAAGUCCCAGAGAAUCGGCAGACCAAAUGGAUGGCGUGUGUCAACAAAGGGGAGUUUACUCACAUAUCAACGCGAGCAGACGUUCAAGAAAAUGUUCAGAAAUACAUCAAAGUGUUGAGCCGGCCCCUGGCACUGAAGAAGGUCGAACAUAAGGUGUGGAGCUCGGUCUACCUGGACUACAUGACCGAGAAGAAUCCCAUCAAGAUCCCCAUCUCACGACCUCACCAUCUGGACGCUAACUACGACGACCAGUCGACAUACGAGGGUCUAGGUCUAGUGAUGUCCUUCUCGAUGCCCGUCUAUGACGUCAGAGAUAAAGUGGGUGAGCUAGAAGAGGUGCCAGACAGAAACUUGAUCGGAGUUGUCGGGACUGAUAUCAGGAUCAAUGACAUCAUCAAGAUGUUGCCUACGUUCAAGCUGGGCGUUCAUGGCUACGCUUUUGGUAUUACCAAUCACGGCUACGUCUUAUUUCAUCCAGAUUAUCGGCCUUUUCACAGCCCCACCCCUCCGAAGGGCGAAGACCUCCGCAACCAGGAGCGCCCUCUGAGGAUCCGCCCCAACUACAACUCCAUCGAGCUGUCCGAGGUCGAGCUGACCCUACAAGACGGCCCGGGUUGGGACAAGGAUCAUCCUCUACGACGUUAUCUUUUGACCAGCAAGUCUGGCGGCUACAACAUGACGCCGGCUAGUGUGUUAAGUCACACCAACGAAAUGAGACGUGCGAAAGAAAGAAAAAACAAUUACUUGUUUAUGGAGGUAGCCGACACAUUCAGAUUGGUGUUUGCUCUACCCGAAGGCUAUGGUUCCCGAUACAUUAAAUUAGAUGACAGCAGUUUACGGAGUUUUGACCAACUGUGCAAGGAUCAAGCCAAGUCCAAGUACAGCAAAUUUUACUUCUCAGCCUGGAUCUAUUGCUCUGAUGGAGAACAUUAUUUUCAAAUGAAAGAUAUUUGCCAGAACAUAUCCAUUGAGGCUCUAUGCGAUCAAGAGCACAUGCUCAGGUUGAGGAAAGACAUGGACAUUGUUCUGGAAUAUUCUAAAGUCUGGGAGGGUGUGCAGACUAGUCACAUCACAGGCAACACCAACAGAAAGUUUAUGUCAGAAUAUGACAAGUGUUGGGUCAACUCACGGGAGGACACAAGGUCUGAGGAAAAACAACGCUGCUUCGUGACGACACAUCGAGACAGGUACGGCAUCAAGAACAUCUGGAUAGGAACCAGCACCGGCUUGACCAGCGUCCUGAGCAGCUCCCAAGACCCUCUAGAACCAUUUGAUGUAGAACUGGAUACCAUCCAGAGCUUUUACUACCAGAUGGCUGUGGACGCCUGGGAAGAAGGCUACAGAUUUGUCUUCACUGGUCCGGUUGUCAUGUCUCAAAGGCCGAUUGACAUCAACACGAGCUACGUCACCAUAGCAACGGCUGAGCUGGUGGGACUCAACAGAUCAGCCCAAGUGCCGGCAGCCGUCGUGGCCUUCACCAUGCAGUACAGCGCCUUCUACGACAUCUUCGAGCAGCAGGUCUUCUCCUGCACCAACAACUGUCAGUACACCUGUAAGGACACAGAGAACUUCCUGUGUUACCUAGUGGAUCACAACGGUUACAUUUUGAUUUCUUCAGAACACGACAGAAAUGGGACCGGGAUGUUCCUGGGUCAACAUAAUGGACGGCUCAUGAGGGCGCUGCUAAAUGACAACAUAUUCAAAGUAAUCCAGAUUACAGAUUAUCAAAGUACUUGUGAAAUCAAAGUCGACAUGAAAAAAUCCAGUGCAUCAAGUAGCACCAGAAAUCCACUUCAGAUGAUUUCCAGAUUCUUUUUCUGGCUGAUUUCUGAAUUCGUCUUAUUUUUAUCGGACUGGAAUGUCUUGAGUUUUUUGCCUUCAGUUGGUGGAGACAAAGAGCAGUGUGAGAAGAACGUCGACGCCGAAGACCACCUGGCCAAGUUCCUGCUGUGUAAUUUCGUCAUCGACAUAGAUCUGAACGAGCGGUUCGAGGGCGACUACGUCUUCAACCAGCGUCAGUGCUCCAACAGUCUCAAGCGCUACAUGCUCAACCACCAGGAGCUGCAGGCUAGGAACAAAAGCCAAGCCUUCGCUGACUGCGUCUCUCAGUGUAGCUCCAAGACUAAUCAGUUCUAUGAGGCCAGGUGGAUGAACGAGACCAACAUGAUGUUUGUUGUCAUGGACGUCAGCUGUGUCAGCUGUUCCAACGACAGCGCCGAGAACAGCAGCCACCUGCUGCACUACAGCAGCGACGACCAGCUGUUUUCCUUUGACAUCCGGCCGGUGGAAAUUAUUUAUAUCCUUCCAAACUACAGGGCCACUGACUCGACUAUAGGUUUACAGUACUGGACUUGUAGCUAA